AUGGUCAGAAAACUCAAACAUCAUGAGCAGAAGCUACUGAAAAAGGUAGACUUCCUCAACUGGAAGGAUGGCCACAGAGACUUGGAGGUGAUGAGACGCUACCACAUUCAGGACAGAGAGGACUACCACAAAUACAACAAGAUCUGCGGAGAUGUGCGGAAGUUAGCACACAGACUGUCUUUGUUACAGCCGAAUGACCCUUUCAGAAUCAAACACGAGCAAAUGCUGCUAGAGAAGCUUUACGAUAUGGGCAUUCUGGCCACCAAGUCUAAGAUUUCUGAUCUUGAGAAUAAGAUGACGGUCUCGGCUAUCUGCAGAAGAAGACUGCCGAUAGUGAUGACGAGGCUCAAAAUGGCAGAGAACACACCGGAUGCCGUGAAAUUUGUCGAGCAAGGCCACAUCAGAAUUGGCCCCAAUGUGAUCACAGACCCAGCCUACUUGGUUACGAGGAAUCUAGAAGAUUACCUGACCUGGGUGGAUGGAUCUAAGAUCAAGCAAAACAUACUCAAGUUCAAGAACAGGUUCGACGAUUUCGUCGAUGCUUAG